AAAGGCCUUGGGAGCCCUAGAAAUCCAAACCAUAGAGCCGGGUUCUCGCGUUCAUCGCCUUCUUCUCUUCUCCAAUCUCUCCUUGCUUUUGAGAGAAAGAGAGAGAUCUGAGAGAGUUCUAGUGAGCAAUGGCGGUGAUUCCCAGGUUUCCUUUUGGUUUCAUGGUCGCUGCUGCUUUCAUUUUCGCUAUUGUCUUACCCUGCCGUGCAGGCCAAGCGCAGGCUCCGGCUCCAGCCCCGGCCAGUGAUGGAACAUCAAUAGAUCAAGGGAUAGCAUAUGUGCUGAUGUUGGUGGCAUUGGUUCUCACUUAUCUCAUCCACCCAUUGGAUGCUUCCUCUCCCUACAAGCUCUUCUGAGCUUGCUCUUCAAGGUCAUUGGAUUGGUUUAUGGUAGGGUAGAGCCUAGUAGAGAGUGAGAUGAUGUUUGGUGUUUGAUGUUCAGGGUUCAUAAUUAUAUAAUUUACUCAUGUUUUAGGGGUUAUUAUGGUUGGAUUGUUUAUGACUAGUCCUUGUUGCUGUUAAUACAUUGUGCUAAUUUAAGUUAUAUAUUUCUUUUUUCUCA